GUUGUUCAUCCUCGUGCUGAUCGCCAUCAGCAUCGCCUGGGUGCCUAUCGUGCAAUCGGCUCAGAGUGGACAGCUCUUUGACUAUAUCCAGUCUAUCACCAGUUACUUGGGGCCACCCAUCGCAGCUGUCUUCCUGCUUGCUGUUUUCUGCAAGAGAGUCAAUGAACCAGGAGCCUUCUGGGGACUGAUUCUAGGCUUCUUGAUUGGAAUCUCCCGCAUGAUUACUGAGUUUGCCUAUGGAACCGGGAGCUGCAUGGAACCUAGCAACUGCCCCACCAUCAUCUGUGGGGUGCACUAUCUGUACUUUGCCAUCAUCCUCUUUGCUAUCACUCUCAUUGUCGUCUUGGCCAUCUCCUUCCUCACCAAGCCCAUUCCAGAUGUGCACCUGUACCGUCUGUGUUGGAGUCUUCGCAACAGCAAGGAAGAACGGAUCGACCUGGACGCAGAAGAUGAGGACUUCCAGGAGGACACCAAGGAUACAAUUGAAAUAGAAACAGAAGCUCCCCAAAAGGAGAAAGGAUGCUUCAGGAAGGCAUAUGACCUGUUCUGUGGGCUGGACCAGGAGAAAGGACCAAAGCUGACUAAGGAAGAGGAGGAAGCCUUGAAGAUGAAGAUGACAGACACUUCUGAGAAGCCUUUGUGGAGGACAGUGGUGAACAUCAACGGCAUCAUCCUAUUGGCUGUGGCUGUCUUUUGCCAUGCCUACUUUGCUUGA